AUGGCCGAUAGCAAAAAGGAUGAUGACAGCACGGAUACCAAAGAUGAUGAUGACGGUACCAAUAGCAAGCCUGAGAUUGAAAGGAAGAGCAUGAUAGAAGAUGACGACGGUGCGGAUAUUAAAAAGGAUGAUAGUACGGGUAGCAAGGAAGAUGACGAGAGCACGGAAAGCAAAGAUAGUGAUGACAACACGGAUACCAAAGAUGAUGAUGACGGUACCGAUAGCAAAGAGAAUGAUGAAAAUAAGGAUAGUGAUGAUGACGAUGGAACAGAUGAUAAAGAUGAUGACAAAAGCACGAAUAGUAAAGAGGGAUGA